UCGACAUUUGUCAGACUCACGAAAAGCUUCUGGUUCAGAUCAAAUCACGGAACAGGACUUAGAUCUCACUUCGUGUCCUGUGAUCGAGCGGUUUCAGCUUUCCUUCCUCUGUGAAACGUCUUUUCAACAUGGACAUAUUCUGCAGCUUCACAGCUAUUGCAUUAAGCGGUGACUUUCAUGACGUCAAAGGGUCCUCAGUUUGAGAAGAGAUGUCCUCCCAGGUGAGACUGAGUCUGCUGCCGAGCGCCAGAUGCUUGUAUGAUGAGCCCAUUCAGGUGAAGGUGGCCGGGCUGAGGUCGAGACAGGCGGUCACCAUGAGAGCCAGAUCGACUGACGAGAAGGGGGUGGUGUUCAGCUCCUCGGCCACCUACAGGGCCGAUGAGAGCGGGGAGAUCGACCUGGACAGAGACCCCUCACUUGGUGGGAGCUAUGUUGGGGUUGAACCCACGGGUCUGCUGUGGUCGAUGAGGGCAGACACCCCACACAAAAGGUUUCAAAAAACCAAUUCACUAAACCCCCACGUGGUGAAGUUCUCUGUGCACGGGGAUGAAGGUGAGGGCAGGAUGCUGGCAGAGGCGACCAAUGAGAGGGUUCUGAUGGGAGAUGGAGUCAGACGGGUCCCCAUCAAAGAGGGGAACAUUCGGGGAGUCCUGUUUUCCCCCCCAGGAAGAGGACCUUUCCCUGCUGUGUUGGAUCUGUACACUUUCGGUGGAGGUCUGUCGGAGAAAAGGGCGUCUCUGCUGGCCAGUCGAGGAUUUGUGGUUCUGACUGUUGCUCUGUAUGGCCACGAUGACAUGCCGAAGAACAUCAGAGAGGUCCAUCUGGAUUAUUUUGAGGAGGCAAUAGAGUUUUUGAGAAGACAAGAUCAGGUCGGCAAUAAUAGAGUUGGUGUGAUAUCACUGUCAAAAAGUGCAGAUCUUGCUCUUUCAGUGGCUUCUUUCCUGCCAGGUGUUGGGGCCACAGUGUGGAUCAAUGGCUGCUGUUCCAACACAGCACUCCCCCUCUACUACAAGAGGAGCCAAAUCCUGCCAGCCUUAAUGUUUGACUUUACUAAGAUUAUUCCCACUGAGUCAGGGGCCUUCAUUGCCAAAAAUGUAUUGUAUAAUCCACUGACAGAGGAGAACAAGGGCAGCCUUAUCCCCAUUGAACAAGCCAAGGGACGUUUCCUCUUUGUGGCCUCAGAGGACGACCUCAACUGGGACAGCAAGGCUUACAUGGACGUGAUGGUGGAGAGACUGAAGUGGCAUGAGAAGGAGAACUUUGAGAGUGUGUGUUACCCUGGAGCAGGGCAUUACCUGGAGCCACCUUAUGGACCCUACUGCCCCUCCAGUUUCCAUGGGAUUGUGGGUACACCAGUCCUGUGGGGGGGUGAGCCCAGAUCCCACGCCGCAGCUGAAGUCCACAUGUGGAAGAAGAUCCAAGAGUUUUUCAGAACUCACCUGAGCUGUGAUGCUACACAGAAUAAAGCCAAGUUAUAGAUACGAUUACAGUCGUACAAACAACAGUGAAGAAUGGCUAAAAUCUCUGUCUGUAUUUGUUCGGACUGCUCAGGAAUUAUGGAAAAUUACUUCAGAUUUCUUUGUUUUUACAGUGACAAAUCAUGUCUGUCAAGUAUAAAAAAAGUGUUGGAGGUUUCCUGGAAGUGACAGCCACACAGUGCAGUUUACCUCACGUGUGCCAUUCCAUAUUAUGACAAGAAGGCUUAAAAGACAGCCAUGAUUUGACAGGGACUAUUUAAUUGCAUAUUUUGUUGCUGUUGCUGUCCUUGUGGCGUCUUGUCUUAUGUCUGUAAAUUUAAGUUAAAAAUUAUCCAGCUGGCUGAGGAG